AACUUUUUUUUUCAGGUGGAAAUGACAGGAAGUAGUAUAUUUGAUUACAUCCACCAUCAAGAUCACUCGGAAAUCGCCGAACAGUUAGGAUUAGGUCUUUCACAAAACCAAAGUCUGGCAUCGCCGGAAAGUGGCUCGGAAGAGAGCACUUCAACGGCAGGAACAAAUAAUCCCGACGUAUCCACGUCGAUGACGUUAGGAGCAAAUCCACCAUACAAAGGGCUCGAUCGAGCGUUUUGUGUUAGAAUGAAAUCAACUUUAACAAAAAGAGGCUGUCAUUUUAAAUCUUCGGGUUAUAGGGUUGUUUUAAUAUUAAGCCGGUUAAGGCCGCAGUAUACCUUCUCGCACACACGAAAAUCGCAACCACCGUUAUUAGGAAUGGUGGCGCUCGCCAUAGCUCUUCCACCGCCUAGCGUACAUGAAAUUAGGUUAGAAUCCGAUAUGUUCGUUACUAGGAUAAAUUUCGAUUUCAAAAUAGCUCAUUGUGAACCGAAAGUGAUAGAUCUCUUAGAUUAUACGGCAGAAGAACUGACCGGCAGGAAUCUAUAUUCUUUGUGCCAUGGAGAAGAUGCUGCCAAAUUAAGAAAAUGUCAUGUCGAUUUAAUAAAUAAAGGCCAAGUUCUAACACACUACUAUAGGAUAAUGAAUAAAACUGGAGGAUAUACUUGGAUUCAGACGUGCGCCACUGUGGUGUGCAACUCAAAAAAUGCAGAGGAACAAAAUAUUAUUUGUGUGAAUUAUGUGAUAAGUCGCCGGGAGUACGAGUCAGUGGUGAUGGACUGUUGCCAACUAGACGACCCGAACCACGUAGUAAAGAGGGAGGAGGCGGGCAACAAUGACCCUGAGAACGGAUCACCAGACGCCGAACGUGGAGAUGACCUGAAUGGCGGAGGCCUAUCCAAUCCACCCCAAGAUUCGAGCCAAGAGUUGGAGGAUGUCACCUGCGAGGGGAAUCCCACCGACACCGAGACUACAGCUGCGCAAGAACCAGGGGAUCUACGGACUCAUCGGAUGGAUCUGGUAACGCAGCUUCAAGCGACACCCAUCGUCAGCAAGGACCAUCGAAAGUCCUACCCAGCUCGGAGAACUUCCAAGAGGAAAAACACGUCGUCGGAUGAGAACGAAGAGGACGAAGUAUCAGCGACUCAUCGAAAUUCAGCGAUAAGCCCGGCUUCUUCUUGCCAUUCCACCAACGGUGCCCAUCCAUUGGCUACGGACUCCAGCGAGACCAGUCCCAAGAAGCUAGAAGACUCAGUCAGCAGUGUAACAUCGGUGAAAGAUUUGGAGAAUGCAAUGUCGAAACAUCUGCCGGCUUGCAAGUCUCCAAUUCACCAACCAACCGAUUUCAGCACAGAUGCUCUUCUGAAACAACAGCAGAAAACCACUAUCCAGUGGAUCGGGGCUCACCACCAACAAUUACAGCAGCAAGGACCUCUACCGGCUUCAGCUCUUUUAAGACAACUGUACGCUAAUAGGGAAAGUGUUAUUCGGGCUAAUGUGCAGGGUAGUAGUAGAUCUGGUAGUUCUCCCGGUUACUACCCUAAUGACAGCCAAGUAGGGGUAGGGGCACUACCAACGCCUCCUAGUAGCGAGGGGUCUUCGUCUUAUAGUGAUCAUCAGUUUUUGUUGUCACAACACCAGAACUAUCCUACUAGUUACUAUAUGGACUAUCACUCCAUGACUCCCCCUUCGAGUGUAUCUCCCCGUGAUAAACAUCAACAGUUACAUGGAGGUGUUGCUUUUGACUCUGCGGUUCCAUACCAGGAUGUCUUAAGGCAUCAAUACCCCGAUAGUCCUCUACCUCUAAAACCCCAAGUGUAUUCGUAUGUAGAUCAACCUCAGUUUUAUCACCACGGUUCAACAGGAACGGGGUUUCAUUUGUAUCAUUCCAGUAAAAAUACCCCAGGUACUCCCUCGAAUUGGUACCCCCCAUCAUAGUAAAAUGAGCGUACUUUUCUGGACAAUUAUUUAUCAGUUCUUCAGCGCGAUAUGCUAACUUUUGUUUAAAAUGCUUGAGUUGUUCCGUACUUUUCAGAUGCAAAGUAGUGAAAGAUUUUAACACUAUAGUGUGUCUUCAACUAUUUUUAAACCAAAGAAAAUAAUACAAAAUAACAUGAACAAACUGUAGUUGGACUUAUUUAAUAACAAUUUAUUGCAAAUAUUGUAGUAUAUCGAGUAUAUCUAGUACCUAUUAUGUUAAUAAGAAUGUAAAUAUUAUGAUUACAUGUUAUUUAGUAUUAUUCAACCUGAAGUGUCAUUGUCCGCAUUUUAUAUAUUUUCUCAUUUUGUCAUUGUUGCAACUCGAUAUAUUGGUUUAAACUGAUUUGUUCGUUUCUGUAUACUGAUCUAAUAUGAGCAGCAUUCUCUCGUAGGUACAAAACUUGUAAAUAUAUUUUUGUUAAAUUAAUGUUAUAU